AAGCUUAUCUUAAGCAGAGCGUAAAGAUGUCAACACGCAAUUUUUAUGAAAUUUUAAAUUCGCAGUCGAACGCAAGCUAUGAAGAAUUAAAAGAGAAUUACAAACAAUUAAUUCUACAAUGUCAUCCAGAUAAAUUACUACAAGAUAUUAAUGCGCAUAAAGAUACAAAUUCUACAACAACAGCAACAGCAACAGCAAUGGCAACAAUGAAAGCAGAAGCCGGCAAUGCUUUUGUUAAUGAUGUUCAAGAAAAUAACAAAACAGAUAGUAAAGAUUUUGCUGAUAUUGUUGAUGGUGACCUAAAUGCUAAAUCCGAUAGAAAAUUUGUGGCAAUAAAUGAAGCAUGGAAUACACUCAAAGAUCCCACAAAACGUAAACUCUAUGAUGCCGAAAUGCUGUUGACAAAAUUUCAAACGCACAGCAACGUCUUCGAGAGACUCACAUUAGCCGAUAUGGAAAAACAUAGCGGUAAUAAUACAAUCAAUCUUGCCAAUACUAAUCAAUCGAAUGAUAAUGAUGAUGAUGUUGUUGAUGUUGAUGUAGACGAAAAUGGAAUAUCUACGUCUGAUACAUACUAUACAUAUGAUUGCCGUUGUGGCGGUCAAUAUAUUGUGGAUGAGUCAGCGGACAAUGAAAUUUUUAACCACAAACGCAGUGAUUGUGAAGUGAUUGUUGAGUGCAACGAAUGUUCUUUAGUUGUUAUAUUAAAUGGAUGAAACGAAAAAGUUCGCAAUAAACCGCAAAUAAAAAAUUAUAAAUAAAUUAA